UCCUCUGAGCUGCAUCGAGGGCACACUCUGAGCUUGUCCCUCAUUAGACCCACUUGUGAGUACGUACCUGAGAAAGAAAGACAUGCAACUUCACAACAGAGACAAAAAAGACAUUUGUGUUGGUAACUAUUUGGACAACAGCCAAGAGCAGCAAAGCCACAGGACCAAAUCCUCCGGCUGGCCGCCCCCUUCGGGGACCUGGAGUGCUUCGCAGGGGCCCCCAAAUGGAUGGGACAUGGGGACCAACAGAGAGGGGCGUGACUGCUACAUCAACUCCCUCAGCCACAUCUCCCAGAGCAGCUCCCUGGAGGAAGUCCGUCUGGACGGAGACAAGUUUGUGCCACCAGUGCCCCGUAAAGUGGAGAUGAGGCGGGACCCCGUGCUCGGCUUUGGAUUCGUAGCCGGCAGCGAGAAGCCCGUGGUCGUCCGCUCAGUCACACCAGGGGGUCCAUCAGAAGGCAGGCUGGUCCCAGGGGAUGAGAUCAUCAUGAUUAAUGAUGAGCCAGUCAGUUCAGCGCCCAGGGAGAGGGUUAUUGACCUUGUCAGGAGUUGCAAGGAGUCCAUACUACUGACAGUGGUUCAGCCGUACCCAUCGCCCAAAUCAGCCUUCAUCAGCGCAGCCAAAAAGGCCAAGUUAAAGACGAAUCCCGUAAAAGUCCGCUUCGCCGAAGAGGUCAUCAUCAACGGGCAGGUUCCAGAAACAGUGAAGGACAACUCCCUCCUUUUCAUGCCAAAUGUUCUGAAGGUGUACCUGGAGAACGGGCAGACUAAAUCAUUUAAAUUUGAUAGCAACACAUCCAUUAAGGACGUCAUCCUGACCCUGCAGGAAAAGCUAUCCAUUAAGAGCAUUGAGCACUUCUCACUGAUGCUGGAGCAGCGAGCUGAGGGAUCUGCCAGCAAACUCAUGCUCCUGCACGAGCAGGAGAUGCUAACUCAGGUGACACAGAGACCGGGGUCACACAAGAUGAAGUGCUUUUUUCGGCUAACCUUUGUCCCAAAGGAUCCACUGGACCUGCUGAGGAGAGACGCAGUAGCCUUCGAGUAUCUCUACGUUCAGAGCUGUAAUGAUGUGGUAUUGGAAAGAUUUGGGUCAGAGCUGAAAUACGACACGGCCCUCCGCCUGGCUGCCCUGCAAAUGUAUAUUCUAACCAUCAAUACCAAACAGUCCCAGAAAGUUUCCCUGAAGUAUAUUGAGAAGGAGUGGGGUCUGGCGCUGUUCCUGCCUCCUGCAGUGCUGUCUAGCAUGAAGGAGAAGAAUAUCAAAAAAGCUCUCACUCACAUCCUCAAAACAAACCAAAACCUGGUGCCACCUGGUAAAAAGCUGACUGCCUUGCAGGCAAAAGUCCAUUAUCUGAAGUAUCUCAGUGACUUGAGGCUUUAUGGAGGACGUGUAUUUAAAUCAACUCUAAUUCAAGCUGAGAAGCACACGGAGGUGACUUUGCUCGUGGGACCAAAAUAUGGCAUCAGUCAUGUCAUAAACACCAAAACCAAUCUGGUUGCACUCCUGGCUGAUUUCAGCCACGUCAACCGUAUCGAGAUGUACACAGAAGAUGAGAACAGGGUCCGAGUGGAGCUACACGUUCUGGAUGUUAAGCCCAUCACUCUCAUAAUGGAGUCUGUUGACGCGAUGAAUCUCGCCUGUUUGACCGCUGGCUACUACAGAUUACUCGUGGACUCCCGGCGCUCCAUCUUCAACGUGGCCAAAAACACAAACAGCCAUACAGCAAAAACGAAGCAAAACUACCAGGCCAUCGAGUGCACGUACAGCAUACCCCAUAAAGGAUGUGAGGACAGGAACAACCUGAGGUGCGGCCAAGAUUACUCCAACCAGCAGUGCGAAUACCUCGACCACGGCAGAUGUGAAGGCCAGCCGGUGUACAUCACUGAAAUACACCAGGCCCAGCACUCGGUGCACGUGGCAGAGAGGGCAGAGUGCUGCAGAAUCCCUUGCACCCAAACUUAUCUCAACAUCCCGAGGCCCAAACUGCAGGAAUCCUCCAGAAAUGCAAAGGUCUCCUUCAUAUUCGGCGACCCUCCCUUAGAUGGUGUGAAUCCCCAAAACCUAGGCUACCAGAGACUGAUGGACGAAGGCCCAGAGCCUGCAGACAAUCACAGCCACAUGUACAGGCGCCUCGAGGAGGACUAUAAAAUGAUGGAUGCCAUAGAGGAAGGGUAUCAGUACUCCAGCAAAAUCUUCGGCCCCACCGAGUGCAUUGAGGAGCCGCUGCUGCACGACAUCUGUUACGCGGAGACGACGGACGACGCCGAGGAUGAGGACGACAUCAGCUGUGAGGAGGACUUGGUGAUGAGCGACAUCGACAAGCCCAGUUUGCUGUCGCUCUCGGGUUCCAGUGACGACAUCAUCGACUUGACCUCUCUCCCGCCGCCGCCGGAGGCUAACGACGAGGAGGACAACGACGUGCUGCUGGACUGUCUUAACAUGGCCAUCGCCGCUCCUCCCCCCGGCUUCAGGGACAGCUCUGACGAGGACGAGCAGCACGGGGCCGGGACUCAGGCCCAGCGGGGCAGCAGCGAUAUCCCCGUGUCCCUGAUAGAUUCGGUGCCCACCCGCGGAGCGGAGGGCCCCAGGGAGCCCCUGGACAAUGCCGUGGUGUCCACGUUGCAGGCACUCGAGGCCCUCGCCGCUUCUGAGGAACAGAGUCCGGCACAGACAGAGAGUAGCACAGGUGUAGAAAUAUCACGCGCAUUUAGCCCAGAGUCUUCAGAUUCGGGCAACGAGACAAACUCCUCCGAGAUGACAGAGAGCUCGGAGCUGGCCACCGCUCAGAGACAUUCGGAGAUCUCCCUGCGAAUGCAAUUAGCCGUGGAGGAAGGAUACCAUGCCACGAAUGAGGAAAAGGCGACGCAGAGCGAGAGGGAUCAGGAGAUGGCAAAAUCCUCCGCCGUCUCCUCCUCGCAGAUAUUUCACUCUGACGGCGGUGAGAUGGAGCCAGAGACUAUGGAAAUCAAAUCAGUCAGUGAAUACUUCACCAAGAUGCACAUGGGCUCAGUGAUGAGCAAGCAGAGAGGGAAGCAGAGGGAGGCCGAGAGCAGGAUCCAGGAGGAUAGAAGUGAAGCCUCAGAUAAACCCCACACCACUUCCCAAGACAUAACUAAAGAAGAGGCCCCUCAUCUUGUCGGGAAGUACAACGGUUUCACGGUGAGAGAUUCCUAUUACUUGAACCAACUCGAUCUGGGGCGAAUUCACUGUAAAGAGAGGCAACAAAAAUGGCAGCAGAGAGUACAAGGAAACAAAAUGGCAGAGAACCUCUCUCCAGAAUGUGUGAAUGACUCACAGGCUUCCCACGCAGACAGACUAGCAGCAAAGGGAGAGAAGCAAGACUUAGAUGAAAGAAGCCAACAGUUAAAUGCCCAUUUCUUCUCUCAGUCCAAAAGGCCCGUCCCCGCAGAGAGCGACGCCACUUCACAGGAUAAUGAGCAGAAGCAGAUGAGGCUUCCACAGUCAGAGCAAGAUGUAACGCGCUUAUAUGAAUACCAUGUGAGCAAGCGCAUGUCAUCCAUUCAAAGUGAAGGUGUUCACUCUCUUCAGAGCUCCCAGUGCUCGUCCAUAGACGCCGGCUGUAGCACCGGCAGCAGCAGCUGUGUCACGCCUAUGGACUCCCCCCUCUGUGCCACUGACAGCAUGCUCAUGCUGUCGGAGUCCUCUCUCAAGGGGCUGGGCUACGUCACCCCUGAGGAGAAGGGUUACGGGCCCCCGAUGCAGGGGAAGGCCGGCCAUCCGAUGGACCCCACCCUGCUGAGGAAGAUUCACGCGGCUACCAGCGCCGAGUCUGGCUUCGGCAGCACCAAGGACAGCGGCCACCGAAUGCCCAAGAUUAAAGAAACCACAGCUUGCACACAGCUGAAGAAGGUUGGGAAAGACUCAUCUUUAGCUCUCUGUAACGAGACCAGUACCACCACCACAAUCAUGUCACCUUCAUCAAUACGAAGUAGCACAGAGCCCAGCGGGCUCACACUGGCCAGCCCUGAGCCCGACCCAUGCACCCUGGCUUCCCCCUCGAGCGGAUCUUCAUCCGAGCCAAAAACAAGCAGCCUCAGGAAGCCACACAGGGUUCGCAUGCUCAGGAGGAGCUGGAGCACCUUAAUGCCGGGUUCCAGGAGUUUGGAAGCGCUGUUGGAAAAGACCAAAGCCACGUUCAGUGGGAAAAACGAAGGUCAGAAUUCACAGUCUCAAGAUUCCUCAAAAGUGCGGAGGACACUCUCUGCCAAGACCUUAGCCAAGAGCGUGUCCCAGGGUUCGGUCGCCUCCUGUUCAUCUGGAAAACAGCUGCCGGCGGAAACCUCACUGUUGCUGCUCAGGCCAGUGGCGCCGAGGCUGGAUUCGGGAACGUGGAGAUGCCACGGGCCGUUCAGUCACUGCUUCCUCAGGAGAAAGUUACACACUCACGGCAGUGAUGAAGACAGGGAGAUGCCUUCACACGCCCUGCUCUCCGAAAGGUCUGUUUCUCGCGGCGGCAAGAAAAAUCCAGUUGCAAAAUCAGCCUGUAAAGCUGAGCAGAGCGACGCUCCCAAACCUAUCAGUGAGAUGAGCCUCAAAGAAAGACUAGCUCACAUAAAUUCAAUGAAGGGAAAAACCUACAGCCUUCACACAGGGUUUGCACUAGCAAGGAAGGAUGCCUUAGAGAUGAUCAGUGUGUUGCGUUGCAGUGUAAGAGACAAAUCCAGAGGGGGCGUCCCCGAGGUCCCGGAGGACGACAUGCAAACAUUCUCCCAGCUGCUCCUCAUGCAGGCCAAAGUACUGAGCGGGGCCUGCAGUCAGAUGGCGAUGGAGUCCAGCAGCCCGGAGGAGUUGCUGCUCACGCUGACGCACAGCUUCCACUCCCUCUGCUGCCUAAUGCAGGCCUGCGUGUCACUCGUGGAGGGCCUGAGCGCUGAGAGCGAACGCCGAGAGGUGGUGGCCAAGGUGGAUGAGGUCGUCAUGAACUACACACGCCUGCUGAAAGCUGCCGAGGUGGCUGCAGGAGGUUCCCCCAGUGACCAAAGCGUGAAUGCAUUGACACAUUACUCUGCUACCACGUCUGCUAUUAUAAACACACUAACUCACUCACUGGAAACACUGCUCAACAAGAAACUGUCAUUUUGUCAUGAUUAUAGAUUUUAAAGCCAUACAUAAGAGACAUCGGUUUAAGAGCCGAUGUGAACUGCUGUGAAGAAAAAAAAAACCUUGCCUUGUGAAUACAAUAUUUUAUUAUGUAAAAAAAAGUAUAAAAAUAUAUGAAUCCAAGUUUUAAAGAGAUUAUAUUAAGGCCUCUAAUAAAAAAAGAUAUGACCUUCCUCUCAAGUAUAUUAUCAAAUAUUACAUAAUAAGGAUUAUUUUAAUGAUUUAUUGGUUAAGUUAGGAGCUUAAAAUGUACAUUAUUACGAUCUUAUGAGAACCUUGUUUUUAAAUUGUUAAAAAAUAUACAUUAUGUUGGAGAAAUACAUAUACUAUAUAAAGAUCUAGACAAAUCAUUUGCACAGGAAUGUUAUGAAACUAAAGGAAGCAUACGACUUUUUCAUUUUCUGAGUCACUUAAUUUAAGAAAUACUUUACACACGAACACUGAGAAACUAAUUGUUAUUUUUG